CAUGUCAAAUUCUGUAAUCUAAUUUCUUGUUUUCUAGUUUUUCAUCACAAUUCAUUAAUCAUCACAUUCAAUUACCUUCAACAUAUUGAUUUCCUUCAUCUUUAAAAGGAAUAUUUGAUAUCACUGGCGUCGGAAUUCGAGUUGUAAUCGGUAAGGAAGAGGCGAAAGUUGCUCAGCAACUCGGCUAACCAUAGCGGUUAGUACAAGAAAAUGUCCGAUCCAUUUCAAUUUCCGAAAUCGCCAUCCCCAUCGGAGAAACAACCGGAGGAUCAGCCGACGAAUAAAGCCCCUCAUAGCUCGAUCACCCUUGUAUACGAGGCGAAGGUAGGCGAACACAUCCGAAACGCGACAAUAACAUGGAACAAAAGCCUAAUCAAUUAUUCUCUUACCAUAAGCAUUGAAAACAUUCUAAAUGAAAAUCACUACACUUGCAAGAUUGACCUAAAAACAUGGCAAUUUUGGGGUAAAAAGGGUUUAAAAUCCUUCCAAGUCGAUAACGGAAGAGUAGACGUUUACUGGGAUUUCCGGCACGCAAAAUUCUCAAGCAACCCCGAGCCUUCGUCGGAUUACUACGUGGCGCUCGUAUACGAAGAAGAAGUUGUGUUAUUGCUAGGGGAUUUGCAGAAAGAAGCAUACAAAAGAACUAAAAAAAGACCAUCCAUGUUAGAACCUAACUUGUUGUGCAAGAAAGAGAAUGUUUAUGGUAAGAAAAUAUUUUGCACCAAAGCAAUGCUACAUCAUGGGAAAAUAGAGCAUGAUAUUGUAAUUGAAAUGUCAUCUGGGCUUGGUGAUCCUGAAUUAUGGAUUAGUAUUGACAGUUUUGAAGUAAUUCAUGUGAUGAAUUUGAAUUGGAGAUUUAGAGGAAAUGAAAAAGUGGUUUUGAAUAAUGCAAUUGUGGAAAUUUUUUGGGAUGUUCAUGAUUGGUUAUUUAGUAAUUCUACAUCUCAUGGGACAGGCCAUGGAUUGUUCAUUUUCAAGCCAAGUUCUGAGGUUCAUAGGAACAGAGAUUCUGAUGAGAUAAUUGGUUUGAGGUAUGACUCACCAUCAGAAAUUUGGCCACUAACUUCUGGGUUUUUCCAUGUUAUUUAUGCUUGGAAAUUUGAAUAA